CAUAUUUGACUGUUACACUGGUUUGGCACACGAAUCACGGUUGAGAACAUCCUGGAGUACAUUUUACAAAGGGUUUCUCAUACAGGUCAGGCUGCGAGGCUGCUGUGAUGGCGGUGAAGCUGCAAGGCUUUGAGUUCUGGAAGACCACGCUGAGGGGAGCGCGUUACGUCGUUGCACCCAUGGUGGACCAGAGCGAGCUGGCCUGGCGUCUACUGAGCCGUCGCCAUGGCGCCGAGCUGUGCUACACGCCCAUGCUGCACGCGCAGGUGUUUGUGCGCGAUGCCAACUACAGGAAAGAUAACCUGUACAGCGAAGUCUGCCCCGAAGACAGGCCGCUUAUUACACAGUUCUGUGCCAACGACCCAGAGGUGUUUGUCCAGGCAUGUCUACUGGCUCAGGACUACUGUGAUGCUAUCGAUCUCAACCUGGGAUGCCCACAGAUGAUCGCCAAGAGAGGGCACUACGGAGUCUUCCUACAGGAUGAGUGGGAGCUGCUGGAGAAGAUGGUGAAGCUAGCCAAUGAGAAGAUCUCUGUUCCCAUCACCUGUAAGAUCCGUGUGUUUAACAAGAUGGAGGACACUGUUCAGUACGCUCAGAUGCUGGAGAAGGCUGGCUGCCAGCUGCUGACCGUCCACGGUCGGACCAAGGACCAGAAAGGACCCGCGACAGGCAUCGCUAGCUGGGAACACAUCAAGGCUGUACGGAACGCUGUUAACAUCCCUGUGUUUGCUAACGGUAACAUCCAACACCUGAGUGAUGUGGAGCAGUGUAUGGAGGAGACUGGAGUACAGGGGGUGAUGAGUGCAGAGGGGAACCUCCAUAACCCAGCUCUGUUUGAGGGUCUCAGCCCUCCUGUAUGGGAGAUGGCUGAGGAGUAUCUAGAGGUGGUCAGUCAGUACCCUCCCUGUACCCUGUCCUAUGUCAGAGCACACCUCUUCAAGCUCUGGCACCACACGCUGCAGAUCCACAAGGACCUGAGAGAGGAGCUGGCCAAGGUGAAGAACCUGCAGGGGCUGACAGAGGUCAGCAGACAACUCCGACUACGCUGCCAGGAGGAGAUAACCAAUGGAGGAGAGGAGGCGGGGCAGGUGGUUGGGCUGCCAUUCCCUCAUUGGAUCUGCCAGCCGUACGUCAGACCAGUGCCGAAGGAUCCGGUUGCUAACGGUAACGGUACGGAGGUGAAGGCAGUGUGUCACAAGAGGGCGUUGUCACAAGAGGACUCGGACGGCGCGAGCGAUGCCCUCUCCAAAAACAAACAGAAGAAGAAAGCCAGAAACCCCCACAAGAACUUCUGUCCCGAGCAGAAACCAAAGUACAUCAAGUGUGAGCAGUGUGGAAAUCCAAAGGGUAAUCAGUGUGUAUUCAACCUGUGUCGAGGCUGCUGUAAAAAGAAGGCCUACAAGGAGGUGGCAGACUGCCCAAGUCACGGGCUGAGGUUCAAGACCAAGGCAGAGAAACAGAAGUCAGAGCGGGAAGAGGAGGAGGGAAAGAGCAGAGGAUUAAAGGAGGAAGAGGAUGGAGGAUUGUUGAACGGGACCCUCAGCACCCCAACAGACCCCCACAGAGGACAGACUGUGGCCUGAGACAUGGACUAAC